AUGGGUCGCAACCACCGCACGGAACACUCCCAGAACCCGAGGGACCCGCAACCAGGUCCACAACAGGGCACAAUGGAUGGUUUCCUGCACCCACCACGUGGGAAUGAUGGCGGGCCUGAUAGCCCGAGCCCAGCCCCACGAUCACCUGUCUCGACGGCGGGUGGUGACCCCGCAACCCUGGAGCGGAUCAGCGACGAGCUGAGGACAAUGGCGGUGGCCAUGGCCACUAAAGCUGACCUGCUGACCCUCACUACCACCAUUCAGGACGCCCUGCGGGCGGAGAUGGCGGGAAUCCGGGCGCAGGUGAGCACACAUGCAAAUCGCAUAGAGUCUCUAGAGGCCACCACUGAGGCCCAAAAUGCAAGAUUAGCGGCAUCUGACACUGCCAUAGCCAGACAGGGGGACCUGCUCUUACACAUGCGCAGACAUUUAGAAGACCUCGAUAAUAGAGGCCGGAGGUGCAACAUACGAAUCAGGGGAAUCCCUGAAGCUGAGAGAGGUGAAAACUUAGAAGAGCUUCUCACAAGCCUAUUCAAGCUUAUACUACAGGCCAACGCUCCUCAGAGCCGCUCCAAAGGCGAAGACAGGGACCCAGGAACCCUGCGGAGUAAGUACCUCACUGCCUUACAAAAACUCGGCCCCUCCUACCCCACCUGA